AUGGCUGAUAAGUGUUAUUCACAACCAUUAGAUAUUGAAUCUUCAACUGUUCUCAUUACUGGUGGUUCAAGUGGCAUUGGUUUUGGCCUUGCACAAUGUUUUAUUCAAGCCGGUGCUAGUGUUCUAAUUACAGGUCGUCGUGAGCAACAAUUAAAAGAAGCUGCUGAUGAAUUAAAUCGUACUGGAAAGAAAAAAGUAAUCUUUCGCCUUAAUGAUGUCGAAAAAGUUAACGAAAGACAAGCUUUAUAUGAAUGA